UUUAUAACCCAAGAAGAGCUCACUCGCCACCUCCUUUCUUCUUCAAUACAACGCUUCAAUUCUUUGCAACCCACUUGAUUACUGGGCUGGUGAAAUCUAGUAGCGCAAGAAAUGGAGUUCUUCAGAGGUUUGGCUCUGCAAUUUUGAACAUCCCUACAGCAUUUCAGGUUAUAAUGGGUUCGAUGGCAAAUUCUGAAGCAACAAACCGAGAUAGGAUCAGAGAAUUACCUGAUGAACAUGUAUUGCACAUAAUUUCGCUUCUUCCUACAGUGGAUGCUGUCAGGACCACCGUUUUGUCUAAAAAAUGGAACAGAAGGUGGACCAAGUUUGAAACUCUGGAUUUUGACAAUCGAAGGGAUUUUCGGAGGCACACAAAUUUGAGUACUUUUGUAACUUUUGUAUCUCGUGUGCUCUACUAUCGUGAUGCAACACCUAUACUUUUGUUUCGUCUGAAAAUGUCUCGUUGCCGUUAUUUACCAUGUGUUGGGCAUUGGAUUCAGGCUGCUGUUAGGCGUGGAGUAGUUGAGCUUGAUCUCCAUUUAGAUUUUAAUAAUUGGGCUGAUUUUAAGUUGCCUCUGUGCAUUUUCGGGUGCAAAACACUAGAGGUUUUGAAACUGACUUUGCGACCCUGGACAGUUGAAGGUGAAAUUCCAAGUUUAGGCCGUUUCCCAAAACUCAGGUUCCUCCAUGUUAAAAUGUUUGAUCCUGAAAAAAAUGAAAUGGAGAAGCUUUUGUCUCACUUCCCAGUACUUGAAGAGUUGACUAUAGAUGGAACCUCUAAAGCGGAGAUCAUAUAUGGUUCUACCACUUCCAAUUUCCUGUUCUCUGCACCGAAACUGAAGACAUUGAAAAUAGGUUUGGAAGGUCUGCAUGAGCCUAUUGAUAUCCAUGUAUGUGCCCCAGAGCUGGAAAAUAUCAACCUCCAGCGGCUUGGUUUAACCAAGUGUUUUCUUGAUGGGAGUACUGACUCCCUAGUCACUGCCAGUAUUACUUUCAGAGAAUAUGUAGAAGAGUACAAAGAAGAAUACGAUGGUUAUACAAUGGAGCUUUUGAAGCAGGUGUCUGAUGUUAAAUGUCUAUCUGUUUCAGCUCAUCACUUAAAGGAUCUGUAUCUCCCUGAGAAUUGGUUGCUCCCUUCUUUUGGUAAUGUGAACCAAUUGACGUUGGUUUUUGGGGAUCACAGUUGCUGGGAAUUGCUAGCUCAGUUUCUCAAUAACGCAUGUAAUCUCGAAGUUCUUGUCUUAGACGAUACAAGUGAGAGAACUGAAGAUGACGAAGAAAUUCACUGGAAUCCACCAGAGGAAGUGUCUGGUAGUUUAUCACCAAACCUGAAGACUAUCGUCCUUAAGGGGUUCAAGGGAAGGCGGUGCGAGAUGAGAAUGAUAAAGUAUCUGUUGAAGAUUGGUCAGUUGUUGAAUAAGAUGACGAUUUCUCCAGGUCGACAUCUUUCGUACAAUGAACAGAACGAGUUCUACACAGAGUUUAUGAUGUUCAAUAGGGCAGAAACUUGUCAUAUUGAAUUCAUGCAGAUGCAAGUUUAGACAGUCAGCUUGAUACUACUUGUGGUUGUUUUGUCUUUAACUUUUCCUUUAGUUGCCUCACUUAAACAGCAUUAAUAUCCUUUGCUUCUUGUCAAUGUAGGAAACUGGGCUUCAUGGUUCU